AUGCUCUUGUUUCUCGUAUGUUUUGUAUGUAACAUAUGGCUGGUUUUCGGUGUGCAGGCCGCACUGAACGUGUCUGAUGUGGUGAAUACCAUCGUGGUGGCGUCAAGGACUCAAAGAGACAUUUCUAUGUUGGUUCCCAUUGGCCAGACCAACAACAUGGGUGUUUCACUCAACACGGUUUUGUUUGAAAAAGUGGGUUACAAUUCAUCCUCACUUGAUUAUAUCAGGCAGCUAUUGGAUGGAGGACUACAAACGUGGAUGUUGGACUUAUACUACAAUAAUGCUACCAGUAACUGGCAAUUAUGUCCCGCUCCGUUUCCCCAAAACUCAUCCACCAAUGCCUACGAGACACGGACAGUUCGGUGGAACAACAGAGACUACCACUGCCAGCCGUCGUUCACGUUGGACCUGGUAAUGCAGGAAUUUCGGUCAUAUUUCAUGAGCACGAACACCAACAUUGCCGUCAACUUGAUUCAGAUCAUGUUCAAUCUCUACGAUUUUGAUUUUUCCGAGUCGAAAAACAAAACUAUCGCUUCCAAGGAGCUCAAGAACUAUGCCACGUUUUCCAAUUAUGGCAAUUCAACCCUCAAUUCGAGCUUAUCAUCGGUUUCAGAUAUGCUUUAUACACCCCAAGAUCUCACAACUUAUCAGAAAACCCAAAGUGGUACGGGUAUCUCAGCCUUCUACAACACGUCCGCAUUCGACUUUCCGCUGUCGCAAACGUUCUUGUUGAACGAUUACAAGAGAUUAAUCACAUAUGUUGCCGAGAAUAAGGUCCCCAAAUCGGCGCUCGGUUCCAAUGACGAAAAUACUAUAUUUUUCAAUGAAGAUUUUGCCGAUAUCUCCUACACCAGCGACGAGAGUCUACUAGAGCGCUGUGGAUCACGAACAUUGAGCGAUUUCAACCAACUUUCAUUGAAUUCAAACUUUCGGACUGUGGUGGAUAAUGAGAACGUUCCUUUUACCCCCAGCAGUUUUCGCAAGUACGUCACAUGCGGCUACUCGCCCAUUCUCAAUGCCUCGAGGUACUCCAUACCAAACAAACCCGCAACGACGGAUAUUAGUGAUAUACUCACCUACUACUUUCCACGGUCGUAUUGGUCGUGGGCUCCUGGCCAGCCUCAUGAUCGACAACACACGGCAAACACGUCCUCCUUUGACAAACGAGACUAUAAGUCGUCGGACAACCAGAUGGCCCGCAAAUGCGUAACUCUUCAGGAAAGUGGGUUUGUUUUAAGCAACUGUUAUGAGGAACACAAGUUUGCAUGCCAAAAGUUCAAUUCGCCCAACGAAUGGAAAAUCUCAGUUUCUUCCGACACAUAUUUUUCCGACGACUACGGCGACUGUCCCGAAGGAUACCUGUUCAAUGUUCCCCAGCUGAGCAUCGAGGUUGAUUCGCUUCGACAGGAAGUUGCCAAUAGUGGUGAAAAAUACCCGAUUUGGGUAGAUCUCAACGACAUAACCGUGGCCAAUUGCUUUGUUACUGGAGGACCAUACGCCCAGUGCCCGUACCAAAGAACGGUUUCUGGUAGAAGGCUCGUGGAGCUAAUUGCGCCAAGUUUCGUGGUAGCGCUGGUGAUCGUAGUUCUCAUUUUCAUUGAGAAAAUAUUUCGGGUCAAUCCGGUGCAAACGAACCGAAAACGGUACUGGCGAAGAGCUAUUAACGAGUACAACAAACAGCAUGGAUACGAGGGCGUCCCAAGUUAA